AUGGAUAUUGAGGUAAAUAUUUCCUGCAUAACUCUUGGAGGUUAUGUAGAAUUGAACAAAUAUAGGUAUUUUUAUUUUUCUAUUAUGUUUACUGUUUACAUGUUAAUAAUCUUUAGUAAUUCUGUUAUUGUGUAUUUAAUAUGGUCAAACAAAAGCCUCCAUGAACCCAUGUACAUCUUUAUAGCUGCUUUGUUAUUUAAUUCUAUUCUUUACAGCACCACUGUUUACCCAAAGCUUCUGAUUGACUUUUUAUCUGAAAAACAGAUCAUAUCAUAUUCAGCUUGUAUAUUCCAAUUUUUUAUGUUUUAUUCUGUAGGUGGUUCAGAGUUCAUCCUGUUGGCAGUCAUGGCUUUUGACAGAUAUGCUUCUAUAUGUAAGCCUCUGAGAUAUCCAAUUAUAAUGAGAAAAUCCACUGUGAACGUGUUUCUGAUUCUGGCCUGGAUUUUGCCUGCUUGUCCUAUUGCAAUACAAGCAAUCCUAAGUACUAAAGCUAAAAUAUGUAACUUCAGGCUGAAUGGAGUAAUUUGCAACAAUGUCAUUUACGCAGCUCAUUGUGUGAAAUCAAGAGCAAUUGCUAUUUUUGGGGUUGCUGCUUUACUGGUUAUUAUAAUACUUCCAAUGCUCUUUACAGUUUUUACAUAUGCAAACAUAUUUAUAAUGUUCUAUAGAAGCUGCAGAACAUUCCAAAAAAAAAUUGCUGAGACCUGCAUACCUCACCUGUUGGUUUUAAUCAGCUACUUCUGUUUGAUGGCAUAUGAUGUCAUUGUAGCUCGGCUGGAGUCUGAUUUUCCUCAAAGUAUUCGCUUUAUAAUGACAUUACAAAUAUUUUUAUAUCAUCCUUUGUUUAAUCCAUUCAUAUAUGGGAUUAAAAUGAAAGAAAUUUUCAAACAUCUUAAAAGAUUGUUUUGUUCAGGUAAAAUUUGA